UUGCAGUUGUAUUUUUUUAAAAGAAAAAGGGGAAAAGAAAGCUUAUUGGAAAACCCUCUUCAGACCCUUGCCGCUACCACGAAGAAGGGUUUUAGAGCACUCGACGUCUCUUCUAAUAUAUUUUAGGGUUUUAAGUGCAUAAUUGACUGCUUAAGAUCUUCUUCGCAUUAAUAACCAUGGGAGGAUCUCGAGCUCAAGUGAACAAAGCUCACAAGUCUCGCUUUUCCUCAAAAUCAACUCGUAACCUGCACAAAACUUCUCUCAGAGAUAAGAAUAGAAUUGCAAAAUCAGAGCGUAAUGCUGCUAAGGGAGCUCGAGCUGUUCGAAUUCAACGUAACAAGAUGUUGCGGGAGCAGAAAAGGGCGGCACUUUUGAAAGAGAAAAGAGCUUCUGGUGGAUCAUCGAGCCCUCCUCGAGUAAUUGUUCUUUUUGGCCUCUCUGCCUCUGUAAACAUAGAUUCACUUGCUGAAGAUCUUUUGCAAUUAUUGUCUCCUGAAGGUGGCGCAGCUGUGUCUUCAACAGUAGCUUCCUCCGAGUACAAAAUGAGAGCAACAGUAUUGAAAGCACCUCAUGGGGAUUUAUUAUCGUGCAUGGAAAUGGCUAAGGUUGCUGAUCUGAUUGCUUUUGUGGCAUCAGCCAGCGAAGAAAGUGCUUCUGACUAUAUUGAUUCAUUUGGAAGUCAGUGCUUGUCUGUGUUUAGGUCGCUUGGUUUGCCAAGCACCGCCGUUUUCAUCCGUGAUCUGCCAACUGAUCUGAAAAGAAAAAAUGACUUAAAGAAAAUGUUUACAUCCAAUCUUGCUAGUGAAUUUCCUGAGGAUUGUAAGUUCUAUCCAGCAGAUACAAAAGAUGAGCUGCACAAGUUUUUGUGGCUAUUCAGGGAGCAAAGGCUAACAUUGCCUCACUGGAGAAACCAACGGCCUUAUCUCAUGUCCCAAAAGGUUACUACGGUAGCAGAUAAUGGCAAUUUAGGGAAAUGUACCCUUCUCCUUACUGGUUAUCUGCAUGGUCGCAGCCUCUCAGUAAAUCAGCUGGUUCAUGUUUCUGGCGCGGGGGAUUUUCAGUUGCAGAAUAUAGAAAUUUUGAAAGAUCCAUCUCCUUUGAAUCCAAGAAAAGAACUGGAUUUAAUGGAGUCAGAUGAUGUGCGUGAUGCGGAGGUAAAGGUUGUUCGUUCUAUAGAUCCUGAUCCUUUGACACAGGAGCCCGUGCUUGUUGAGAAUGUUCCAGAUCCACUUGCAGGGGAGCAGACAUGGCCAACAGAGGCAGAGAUGGAGGAGGCUAACAAAGUUCAGGAAGAGAAAAGGCUAAAAAAGAGGAUUCUACCUCGAGGUACUUCAGAGUACCAGGCUGCUUGGAUUGUGGAUGAUUUAGAUGAUGACGGUUCAGAUAGCGGCAGUGAUUCUGAAGAUGGUAUGGUACUGGACGAAACAGAAAGUUAUGGUCCAGGUUUGGAGGGAGUUGAUGCGUCAGAAAUUGAUGAUGAUCAAUCUUCUCUAGAUCUUAGAAACUCUGAUGAAGAAACUGAAAAUGCUUCAGUGAUGAUGGAAGGUGAAAACUUAACAAGGGAACAGAUAGAGGAUGAGAUUCGAAAACUUAAAGAGGCACAUGCUGAAGAUGAGGAAUUUCCGGAUGAAGUGGAAACGCCAUUGGAUAUUCCUGCUAGAAAGCGUUUUGCCAAGUAUAGAGGUCUCAAGUCCUUUAGAACCUCUGCAUGGGACCCAAAAGAGUCUCUACCUCCAGAAUAUGCCAGAAUUUUUGCAUUUGAUAACUUUGCAAAAACACAAAAACAUGUUUUUGCAAAGGCCUUAGAAAUCGACCAAGACAACCUGGAUGGCUGUAUACCAGCAGGUCAUUAUGUAAGGCUACACAUCAAGGAAAUACCCACUAUUGUUGCUUCCAAAUUAUGUACGCUAGCAAACACAUUGCCCAUUAUUGCAUGCGGCCUUUUGCAACAUGAAUCUAAGAUGUCUGUUCUUCAUUUUAGCAUUAAGAAACACGACACAUAUGAUGCUCCAAUCAAAUCCAAAGAAGAACUAAUAUUUCAUGUUGGUUUUCGGCAGUUUGUUGCCAGGCCAAUUUUUUCCACUGACAACAUUAAUUCAGACAAGCACAAGAUGGAGAGGUUCCUUCAUGCCGGGCGGUUCUCUGUAGCAUCAAUUUAUGCUCCAAUUUCUUUUCCUUCUCUUCCUUUAGUAGUCCUGAAGCAUGCUGAAGGAGGUGCUGCCCCCACUCUUGCUGCUGUUGGCUCCUUAAGAAGCAUUGACCCAGACAGGACAAUACUGAAGAGGAUUAUAUUAACAGGUUACCCUCAAAGAGUAUCAAAACUGAAAGCUUCAGUACGAUAUAUGUUCCAUAACCCAGAGGACGUGAGAUGGUUCAAGCCUGUGGAAGUAUGGACUAAAUGUGGUCGUCGUGGUCGCAUUAAGGAACCUGUUGGUACACAUGGGGCAAUGAAGUGCAUCUUGAAUGGUGUUCUUCAGCAGCAUGAUACAGUUUGCAUGAGCCUGUAUAAACGUGCAUAUCCCAAGUGGCCAGAACAUCGGUUCCCAAUUCUUGAUGCUUGAUCGGGGAGGUAGCUGAUCCUCCCAUCUUAAUGAUUCUGAAACACACAACUUACCAUGGUGGUUUGUGGGAAUGAAGCUCUGGUUCAGAUUGUCAAGUCCAAUUUCGUGUUUGCUAGGAGGUCAGAAGCAUUAGAGUAGCAUGGAUUUUGUCAUACCUUUCUUCUUGUAAUACUGCCUUUCGCCCCCCUCUUUUUUUUUGGUGUGAAGUAGCAAAAUCACUUCCCCUCUUAUUAUAGUCAGAGGAAGGAAUAGAGGGACAACAAUUGUGUUACUUUGCUUCCUGGCAAUCCUUGUCCAUUAAUUUAUGCUAUUAGUUAACCGUAAAAAAUUCUCCAUUGAUGUUUAACCCUUUGUGGAUGUGCAUGGGUUUACGGGCAUUAAUUUUGUGAAUUUUGGUAAAUAAGCAAUGGGUGUGCAUAAGUUAAAAAAAAACGAAAGAACAUAUUUUCUCC